CAGGGUAAGAAAACAUGUUAUGGACUGUCAUUCUAGCAUCAGCUGUCACUGUAUGUGCAUCACACGGUGCUGUUCGCAAUCACUCAACCGAGAUCAUUCAUCGCGAUCUUUCACAGUAUGCUAGAUCUCCAGUGAAAAGUGACUACUUACGGCCAUGCUAUUUCACCAACUGGGCGCAAUACAGGAAUGGUCGAGGGAAAUACAUGCCUGAGGACUAUGUUCCCGGCUUGUGCACCCACAUACUUUUCGCAUUUGGAUGGAUGAACGAAGACUAUACUGUAAGAGCAUUUGAUCCAGCUGAUCUACCGAAUGACUGGGCUGGAGAUGGUAUGUAUAAGCGUGUUAAUGCUCUGAAACGUAUAGAUCCUGGACUCAAAACACUCUUAUCCAUUGGCGGAUGGAGCUUCGGAACACGUUUGUUCAAGGACAUGGCUCAAACACCAGUCCGUAGAAAGGUCUUCAUCACCUCGGCCAUCGCAUUCGUUCGCAAAUGGGAUUUCGACGGUAUCGAUAUUGAUUGGGAAUAUCCCUCUGGGCCAGAUGACGUCAGAAACUAUGCCAGCUUCAUACAAGAACUCCAUGAUGCUUGUGUUGCUGAAGCUGCUCAAAGUUCUAUGCCACGUCUUCUAGUUACUGCUGCUGUAUCUGCUGGAGAAAGCACAAUUGACGCUGGAUACGAUGUGCCAAGCAUUUCAAACUAUCUUGACUUCAUCUUGCUGAUGAACUACGAUUUCCAUGGUGCAUGGAGCAUGGAAACUGGCUUCAAUUCACCACUAUACUCAAGAGAAGAUAUGCCAGAAGCCGAGAAAGUUUGGAAUGUUGACUGGGCCGCUAAUCACUGGUACACGAAAGGCAUGCCAAAGCAGAAAAUUAUUAUUGGAAUUCCAACUUAUGGAAGAGGAUGGACACUAAAAGAUCCAAAGAAUUUCACUGUUGGUACUUUGGGAUCGCCAGCGAGAAUUACUCCAUUCACUCAAGAAGCUGGUGUAGCAUCCUACUAUGAGUUCUGUGAAAUGCUGGCUACUGGUGCUACUCGUUACUGGCAUCCUGAACAACAAGUUCCUUAUCUUGUACAGGGUGAUCAGUGGUGGAGUUAUGAUGAUGAGGAAUCUAUUAGCAACAAGAUUGCUUGGAUCAAACGCAACAAGUAUGGAGGAGCAUUUGUGUGGACCCUAGAUUUCGACGAUUUUAACGCAAAAUGCUCGAAUUCCAACGGACAGCUUUACCCACUGAUCAGUAUCAUCGCUAGGGAUCUUGGUGGUGUCACCAUUCCUACGAAAGGAACUCCUACACCGAUUAUUCCGACUUCCACCUCGACUACUUCCACAACCUCGAGACUUUCAACAAUGCCCAGCACUGCCCCGGCUACCACGACCGCAGCUUCAACCCCAGCUCGUCCUGUUCCUUCGCAGUCGUGCGAAGGAAAGCCAGACGGUUUCCACGCCUUGGAAAACAGCUGCUCUCAAUUUCUUCUUUGCCUCGAAGACACCGGUUACGUCAUGUCAUGUCCGGCUGAGCUGCAUUUUUCUCGUUCGCGAGGUUAUUGUGUGCGGACUGCUGACUCGGACUGUGCACCGGCGACAACCGUCACGUCCACAUUAGCAAGCACAACAAAAACAUCGGGGACUGCUUUCAACUGCAAAGCGGAUGGAUUUUAUGCCGAUGAAGAAAACUGCCAGAAAUUCAUACGCUGCGUUAAUGGACGGCCCUACAACUUUGACUGCCCUAACGGCCUGUCCUUCCACACCGAUACGCUGAUGUGCGAUCAUCCGGAUCCGUCGAAAUGUGCUGGUUAUAACUAAUCUCCGAACAUCGUUCUCGCUUAUUUGUCUCGUACUCUACACUUUUAUGUAAAUAUUGCUGUACCAUGCAGCGCCUUUGGUAGGCUAAAAUCGCUUUGUACUAAUGUAUCACCCCGGAAGUCUUUCCUCUGAUUGCACUUUUUUCGUGGUAUUUACCUUCGUUGUUACUGGUUCACUUAUCGCAGUAUUAAUAAAGAAACCUCAGC